GCUCCAGGCCCCUCAGCAUGGCACAGUGCUAGCAUUUGAAAAUGCUUUCUCGAUGAAAUGCAAACAGUGAAGGGGAGUCAGAAGUGCGAGCUGAACUGCCGGGCCAUCGGCUACCGCUUCUACGUGCGCCAGGCGGAGACGGUGAUCGACGGCACCCCCUGCGAGCCCAACGGCACGGCCAUCUGCGUGGCAGGGCAGUGCAAGAGCAUUGGCUGUGACGACUAUCUGGGUUCUGACAAGGUGAUUGACAAGUGUGGAAUAUGUGGAGGGGACAACACUGCUUGCAAAGUUGUGUCUGGAGUUUUCAAACACACGCUAACAAAUCUUGGCUACCACAAGAUAGUGGAAAUUCCUGAAGGAGCUACUAAAAUCAACAUUACUGAGAUGUCAAAGAGCAACAACUAUUUGGCGCUGCGGAGCCGCUCGGGACGCUCCAUCAUCAAUGGCAACUGGGCCAUCGAUCGCCCGGGCAGGUACGAAGGUGGUGGGACAAUGUUCACUUACAGACGCCCCAAUGAGAUCUCCAGCACCGCAGGGGAGUCAUUUUUAGCUGAUGGGCCAACAAAUGAAGUCCUUGAUGUCUAUAUGAUACAUCAGCAGCCUAACCCGGGUAUACAUUAUGAAUAUAUCAUUCCAGGAGACAAUGUCAUUAGUCCUCAGUUGCUUGCUCACAGGAGGCCAGGGGAGCCAUUUAAUGGUCAGUUAGGAAUGCCAGAAAGUACAAGUCAUGAAGAUGAGGAUUUGCAUAGAGAGACAGACAUUCUCACUGGACAGUCAGCUGGAACUUUUCCAGUUAUUCAGCCAGGAAGAUUUCCCUCUCAUCAGCCAGAAAAUCAGGUGCCUGCUAUGCAACCACCAAGACAAAACCGAGAAUACAACUGGAAACAGGUUGGAAAAACUGAGUGCACUACUACAUGUGGGAAAGGAUCACAGUACCCAAUUUUCCACUGCGUCAACAGAAUCACUCACGAGGAGGUACCUGAGGGUUACUGUGACAGCAGCACCAAACCCAUUCCAGAAGAGGAGGCCUGCAACCUCUUCCCAUGCCCUGCUUUCUGGGAUAUAGGGGAGUGGUCUGAGUGCAGCAAAACCUGCGGGCUGGGAAUGCAGCACCGGCAGAUCCUGUGCCGGCAGAUCUACGCCAACCGCACGCUGACGGUGCAGCAGUACCGCUGCCAGCACCUGGAGAAACCCGACACCACCAGCACCUGCCAGCUCAAGAUCUGCAGCGAGUGGCAGAUCAGGACCGAGUGGACCUCAUGUUCAGUGCCUUGUGGAGUGGGGCAGAGGACUCGAGAUGUGAAGUGUGUCAGCAACCUUGGGGACGUUGUUGAUGAUGAGGAAUGUAACAUGAAGCUGCGGCCAAAUGACAUCGAGAACUGCGACAUGGGCCCCUGUGCCAAGAGCUGGUUCCUUACAGAAUGGAGUGACAGAUGCUCGGCAGAGUGCGGGGACGGGAUCCGCACGCGCUCGGUGGUCUGCAUGACCAACCACGUCAGCAGCUUGCCUCUGGAGGGCUGUGGCAACAACAGACCCUCGGAAACCACUCCCUGUAAUAACGGGCCCUGUGCUGGGAAAGUGGACUGGUUUGCUGGGGGCUGGACACAGUGCUCUACUGAAUGUGGUAGUGGAACUCAGCAGAGAGAAGUGAUUUGUGUUAGGAAAACUGAAGGUAAUUUUGAUGUUUUGAACCCCUAUGAAUGUUCAGAUUUGGAGAAACCUCCCAGCCAGCAGUCCUGCUACCUCAAACCAUGUGGUUCUAAGUGGUUUCAUACAGAAUGGAGCACAUGUUCCAAGUCCUGUGAAGGAGGAUUUCGGGUUCGGGAGGUGCGAUGCCUGUCGGAUGACAUGGCAGCCAGCACUCAGUGUGAUCCACAACUCAAACCUGAAGAGAAAGAACUGUGUAAUACACAGGAUUGUGUCCCUGAAAUAGAUGAGAACUGCAAGGAUAAAUACUACAACUGCAACGUGGUGGUUCAGGCCCGGCUCUGUGUGUACACCUAUUACAAAACAGCCUGCUGUGCCUCCUGCACCCGUGUGGCAAACAGACAGCCAGGCUUCCUGGGGCACAGAUAACAAAUCCUGCUCUGCUCAGAGCAGCAAUGGCACUCUUCACAUGGAGCUUGAGCAGUGCUGCUUUGACUGCAGCAGUUGUAGCUGCUUAGAGAUGGGGCUUGUGUUGCUGAGUGCAUCAAGACUAUGGUUAAAUCUCACACCCUUUCAGUUACAGUUAUUGUGCAGUUAUCUCUUUUAAGAUGUUUGUUGUAAAAUCAUGAUUUUUUUCUUAAAGCAUUCAUUUUUAAUGAUACUAUUAUUUGCACCCGCUCAUCAGAUAAUUAUUUAAGGAAUAUAGUGGCCUUAAGAUUGUGAAAUUAAUGAAAACUAAAAUCAAUUGCAGGCAAUUACUGGAGAUAAUUGACCAGUAUGGAUGCAGCUGCUCCAUUAUUUUCUGAGUGCUGACUUUUACUUGGUAUUUUGGACUGCCUUAAGUUAGAGGACUAAAUCAAUGAAACAUGCAUGAGAAAAAUGACUUCCCAAAGAACCGUACCAUUGAAAAGCAUUUAUCAUCAGUUUCCUAGCACUCUAUAUUUUUAACUACUUCAGUCCAUUCAUAAUAAAUCAGAGUCACUGUUAAGUUCUUUUGGUUGUCCUUUUAACUGAUGUCCUGUCCUUAGGCAUCAAAUAUGUACACACUUGACUGCCAGAAUGUGCCUUUAUAUUUAAUUCAUAAACUCGUGAAGAUACACUUUUAUAAUUUUGUAUGGAUUUUAAAAUAUGUUUUCUACCAGAGUGACACUAGUGUCUGGCUCUGUCUCUGCAGCUGUCAGUGAGACAGGUUAACCAGAAAGGUGAAGAGUCUUUGCUGGUAUAAAAAGUGAUUGUUUCCAUUGGUGAGGUCUCUUUUCUGUAGGGGGCUUAUUUCAGAACUGGGAUCUUGCCUAAUUCUUGUCUCUGCACUAUUGUUUUAACAGCUGCCAAACCAAAGUACUUUGUUCAGACCUAGUCUGGAUAUGUCACCAGUUUCUGAAACAACCACCAAAGGACAGAGGCCUGUGUGCCUUAUAGCAGUCUCUUAUCUUGGUAUCAGGCAGCAGUAUGAAUCUAGUAGCUGAGUAUCUGUAAAAAGGGGAUCUUAGCUAUUGACAUUCUUCAGGUUUUGAUCAGUUAUUACAACAUAUUUGUCUAUUUUUGCUCAGUGUUUCAUUGCACAGAUCUAUUCAUUACUAUUACUAUUACCUUUUCUAUUACUCAAGAAUGGCUGCAGACUUAGAGCUGAAUUUAAGUGGUGAUUUUUCAUUUCUGCAAUUACUGUACUCAGCCUUGAGACUUGCUAGAAGCAAAUAGUGUACUAUGCAGUGCAGAUGAGGUUUUGCAUUAUCUGCAUAUUCUCUAGCCUUUGUUUGAGAGGUCUUUCAAAUGUGUAAAUAAGGCUGAGGGGGAAAAAUAAACACCUCUUCUUAUUCAGCUGUUUAUUACAGCAUAUUGCUUGUAAAUUAGUGAUGCCCAUGUAUGCAUCUGUUCCUAAGGUGCCUGAGUUGUAAAACAGCUGUAAUAGUCUGUGUUCAGGCACUCCCAGAGGUAUGGUUAAGGUAUCCUGCCACGGAUGCAGAGCCAUGUUUGAGCCUCCUUUUCUUCUUACUGCUUUGGUGGAGAGGAACGCUGGGAGGCAAAGGUUGCUGGUUGUGAAACCAGUCCCAUCAGUUUGUGUGCUGGAAGCCACAGGAAAGUGGAAUUCCUGUAGUCUGAAAGCUGCCUUGCAUUGAGAUUAACUUCUGAAUGUUUUGAUUCAGUCACUCUUGAAAAGUAUAUUUUGGACAUGAUGAACUACUACUGUUCGGCUACAUGAAAUGAAGAAGUGUUUCCCCUAAAAUUUGGAGGUACUCUUUGUGAAUAUAAAUUGUUGUAUAUCCGCCAAAAAUGCCAUUGGCUGUUUCUGUAUGCUUUGACUUGGGCUUUUUCACUGUAAAUAAUAGACAUGAAGUCGUUAGAAAAAGAAACUCUUAAUUAGGAAACUUCUAAUUCAAGUUUAUUAAUCUUUGAGAGUCCUCCUGUUCCCUUGUAUUACAAAGAUUUAUCCAUGAAGAUAACUUACAGAUUUGUUAUCAUAUUAUAUUCCUUAGAUCCUUGACCAAAGAAUGAUAUGGAUAAAGUGCUGUGUAAACAGCUCUGGAAUCCAGUACUUCUGAAUACAGAUUUUCAUCUGUGUAUCUCAUUGCAGCAAAUCUGGACAUACAUUAUAUAAUUUUUGCUGUUGUCUCUUUCGUCCUUAGGAAGUGUUUCCUGUCAGCUUGAGGGAAAUAUCCUGUUCCAUAAAAAAGCUUCCUGAAAACCCCAAGGCGAAUGAGAUGCAGAGGGAGUCUGGUUUGCAGUCACAGAACAAAUUCUUCUUACAUGCUUUGGCUGUGAGACCAUCAGUGACUUAGCACAUAGACAGAUCCUCCUAUUUUAUAAAAUCUGUUAUUUUGCUCUGCAAUAUAUGGCCAUUAGCUUAUUUUACAAAGAUGAUCAUCUUGUAGGUUCUGCUAAGCUGCCGCUAAUGUAAACAGUGUUUGUGACAGCUAUCAAAGAAUAUAUACAUACACAUAGCAGAAUAAACUUGUAUUACAUCUAAUAUAUACAGCUUUGUGAAUUGGAUGUAGUGAGCUGUGGUUAUACAAAUUGUAUUUUUUUUUUAAGUAAAGAGACAUUUUUCAGAUGUACCAGGUAAAACAAAAAAAUACGGUUUUACCUAAUUAAAUAUCUAAUGGUAAGGAAAGUGCCAGAGUACUGCUGAACCUAAUAAUCUUCUCAUGUGUCAGCAUUAUGAAAAUACUUGUUCCUGCAAAAUGAACUAAUGAGCCCUUUUCAUCAGCACUUUGAUACACAAAUACCGUCUGCACAAAUGCUAAGAUUUCACCAUCUCGCAAAGCAUGAUUUUGAAAUUAUGCCUAUAGCAAGUGUUUGUUCUAAUGGAGCAGUGCCCUAACUUAGGAUGAUGCCUGCAGAGGAUCUUUAUUUUCUCUAAGUCAAAGGUGGCCUUAAUGAAUGUAGAAGACUUAGAGCAGAUAUUAAACCAGUAUAAGUAAGAAAUUAACGCGUAUUAUCAAUUGCAAAUAUCAAUUAUGCACACUUCAGAUUUUUAAUGUUUUAAUUUCUUUUUCUGACAUAUUAACAUCAGUCAAAAGCAUGCGAAAUAGUGAAAAAAAAUGCUUCCUGGCCUUGAAGAUGCCUUAUGCAAUCCAAGAAGACCAGAGUAAGUUAAAUGGGGAAAUUUCCCCAUGCUUAUGAGGAAAAUCUGCAUGCAACUUCCAUGUCUUACAGACGUACACCUGGCCAAAAUCAGCUUCAUCCAGAGCAGGCUCUGUGUCUCAAAGCACUUUCCUUUUGGAAUGGAGGAUUCCUGGUGCAGUUGUUUAUCAACUUACCAAGGGCUUGUCAGGGUUUGCUAGCUCCUGUGCAAUGUCAUCUUCAAGCAUGUGUAGGUAGAAUUCCUUGUCAACACCACAUGCACGCCAAAUUUGAGAGACUGAAUUCAUGGAGUCCUCCCUCCCUCUCCCAGAGA